UCUCCUCCCCCCCGCCCGGCGCCCCGCGGGAUGCGUCACUUCCGGGCCCGCUGCGGGGGGAGCUCCGGGCCCGCGGGAGAGCCGGCUACAGAAUAACGUCCACAUUUCGCUCCAGAUCAUCCCCUCCUCCCAGGGGGAAGGAAAUGGCUGCAAUGGAGCUGGCUCAGGGGCUGCUGACUUUCGAGGAGGUGGCUGUGUAUUUCACCAGGGCAGAGUGGGCUCUGCUGGACCCCGCUCAGAGAGCUCUCUACAGAGACGUCAUGCAGGAGAACUAUGAGACGGUGGCCUUGCUGGGGUUUCCAGUUUCCAAACCUGAUGUGAUCUCACAGCUGGAACGAGGGGAAGAGCCGUGGGUCCCGGACCUCCAGGGCUCUGAGAAAGAAGUGCUCCCAAGAGCUGCCUUCACAGGGAGUGACCUAUAUCUGGAUUCUCUCUGUCUCCCAUCAGGUGAUGGGAUGGUGAGUGAGAAUGAGGAGGAGAAACCCCAGCAGGAAGAUGCUGAGCAAGUAGAACCACAUGGGAUGUUACCAGGAAGAUCCAAAGGGAAUGUUUCCAGGAGUUGUGCACUCCCAGAAAAAGCAAAAGCCUGUGAGACUCAGCACAGGCAAGAGGAAAACUUCAGUAGCCACUCAGACCUUAUUGGAAAUGAGAGAAUCAACUUGGAAGAGACGCGCUACACAUGCCAUGAGUGUGGGAAAAGCUUCAAAGUGAGCUCAGACCUUUUCACACAUCAGAGAAUCCACAGAGAAGAGAGACUUUACACGUGCUCUGAGUGCGGGAAAAGCUUCAAUCAGAGCUCAGCCCUUAUCACACAUUGGAGAAUCCACACGGGAGAGACGCCCUACACCUGCUUGGAGUGCGGGAAAAGCUUCAAUCAGAGCUCACACCUUAUCACACACAGGAGAAUUCACACGGGAGAGAUGCCCUAUGGAUGUUCGGAGUGUGGGAAAAGCUUCAGUCAGAGCUCUGCCCUGAUCACACAUCAGAGAAUCCACACAGGAGAGACGCCCUACACAUGCUCUGAGUGUGGGAAAAGCUUCAAUCGUAGCUCAGCCCUUAUUAGACAUCGGAGAAUCCAUACGGGAGAGAUGCCCUACACGUGCUCUGAGUGCGGGAAAAGCUUUGGUCAUAGCUCUGCCCUGAUCACACAUCAGAGAACCCACACUGGAGAGACGCCCUAUGCGUGCUCUGAGUGUGGGAAAAGCUUCAGUCAGAGUGCGAACCUUAUUAGGCAUCGGCGAAUCCACACGGGAGAGACGCCCUACACAUGCCCAGAGUGUGGGAAACGCUUCAAUCAGCGCUCAGCCCUUACCACACAUCAGAGAAUCCACACGGGAGAGACGCCCUACACAUGCCCUGAGUGCGGGAAACGCUUCAGUUAUAGCUCAGCCCUCAUCACACACCAGAGAAUCCACACAGGCGAGACGCCCUACACGUGCCCUGAGUGCGGGAAAAGCUUCAAUCGGAGUUCAAACCUUAUCACGCAUCAGAGAAUCCACACUGGCGUGUCAUCCUACAGAUGCUCUGAGUGCGGGAAAAGCUUCAGCCAUAGCUCAGCCCUUAUUAGACACCGGAGAAUCCACACAGGAGAGACACCCUACACGUGCUCUGAGUGCGGGAAAAGCUUCAAUCAGAGCUCAAACCUUAUCACACAUUGGCGAAUCCACACGGGAGAGACGCCCUACGUGUGCUCUGAAUGCGGCAAAAGCUUCAGUCACAGCUCUGCCCUUAUCACACAUCAGAGAAUCCACACAGGAGAGACGCCCUACACGUGCUCUGAGUGUGGGAAAAGCUUCAGUCAGGGCUCAGCACUUACUAGACAUCAGAAAAGCCACAUGACACAGUACUAUACUAAAUCCCUUGACUAGGACUAGCCAAAGAUUUUUGUUUUUUAAAUCACAUUUGCUAAUUCCCCCAUAAUGAUUUUUGCACCAUCUUCACAGUGGUCUCUCAGCUCCACCAGAUGAAUUGCCUGCUUCUGCCUUUUGCAGCUCACCUUCUUUGGGGUCAGUCCUGUGAUCUUUUCUAUCAACUCCUUUCCUUUUGAGUCAUAGGAGUGUGUGUCCCUCCAGCCAGGAAUGUUCAUCCGCUCCAGGUGGGAGAGAGAGGUUUGAUCCCAACAAGCUACACUGAGGCAAAAACUACCUGUGCCUUCCAUCCACUAGGACUGUAAAUGGCGUUGGCUGCUCAAGUUAGUGAUCUUGGUGUAAAAAGACAAUUCUAGUUGUAGAGCAGAUGCAGCCCAGUUGCAAUGGUUGGCGUUAGCUUUUGCCUUGAUGUGACCUAAACUCCAUCACUUUUCCUAGUCUAAACAAACCCUGAGCAUCAUGGUUAUACUGUUCCUCCAUUUCAAAGCAAUUGUUAGUCAUUUAUUUCUCCCUUUGGGGGCAAAUUGUCUCCUUCCCCGUUGCUCUCAUGUUGCUUUGGGUUGUGCUGGAGAGCAGAUAUCUCAUGAUGUGGUGUUCUCUGCUCUCUGUGCUAGGUACCAGACUUGGAUUCUCAAUCAGUCUUGUUGGGGCUGGGGAUUCAAGUAUCACAGAGUUGGAGGGGAGAUUUGAAUGGAUCCCAAACACAGGGUAUUCAUUCUGUGUUUCAAUUCCUGUUUUUACCUAUUUGCAAAGCUGCUUCUGACCUUUUUCCUGCUGAUCUGGGAGUUUUGUUUACAGAUGGGAAGGUUGGCUGUUUUUCCCUGUUAUGAUGAUGUGAAAUGUCUUGUAAAGAACAUGACUUAAUAAUAAGGUGAUGCUGUGUGAAGCAGGUUUGAAUACAUCGGAGGAGAAUGAAGUGCAAGAUUCUGUUCUUAUUUCAAUCAUUAGAUAUAACCUGCUCUGGAAUUUCAUUUUAUAUGAAACUGAAAGUGUCUUAAUUACUCUUGGAGGAAUUUGCGCCACUGCACACGUGCAGAAUUCAUGUCUGGCACAGAAUUCCCGCAGGAAUAUCUUACGCUCCUUGGUAUUGCAGGUGUCUCUCUUUCCUGAACACCAUUUGGUUACAUAAUUACAUCUUAGUUUUCUUUGGCAGCAUGUCACUCAGAUUUGUUUCGGACUUUGAGACAAGUGACCAUUUGCUAAAACAGUAAUUUCUUAGGAUAGUUUUUUUUCUUUCCCCCUCCCCUCCAUGAUGCCCUGGGGGAAGCUCAAGUGCAAUUAGGUCAUCAGGAGAGAAUACUCCAAUCUGUUGGGCAUGCUACCAAGGAGACAGUAGCACUUUUACUUCCCAUUCUGAAAUGGUGAAAAACAGCAAAUCACAAAUUGUGGAAAUAACUGCAUACGAUCACACUGUUGUUCAAUUGGUUAAGUCAAUAUUUUUUCUAAAGAGCUGUGAAGACUAUUCCCUAGUAAAUAACUUGGAACUAGGUGAAAUACCCAUGUGUUUGGCUCCCAAAGCAGUUGUGGCCCAGACCCUGCAGGAGGUCGCUCCUGAAGAUAUCUCUUUCCUAAUCAGGUGCAUGUUGCCUAUUAUUUGGGAAAUGCAAUCCCUAUGUAGGUAGAAAGGGAGAAAAUGGAUGACAUUUCUGUUGAGCUCACCCUGGGAGAUGCUGCAAAUGUGUAGAAAAUGAAAUCAGUGUUGAGUGUGAUAUAUCUGCAGAAAGAUACCUAUUUUAAAUAGAUACCUGACAUUUGGUGUCUUAUGGGGAUUCUGAGCCACACCUGUAUUUACUGCCUAGUUUAAUUUGUGCCACCAGAUUAAAGAAAGAAAUGGGCAUUUGGGGGGAGUUAUACCUCACUAUUUCAACUUCAAAUGCAGUGUUGAUCAGAGUGAGAGCAGUUUUGAAGUCAAAACAGGAGUAUGUCAGGGAUGUGUCAUGUCUGAAAUCUUCUUCAACAUUGCCAUUGGCUGGGUAAUGUGGCGUACAACAGAAGACACACCAAGAGGGAUUAAAUGGACACCCUUCUCAUUCCUUGAAGACCUGGACUUUGUAGAUGAUCUCGCUUUCCUAUCACAUACCCAAAACCAUAUACAAGAAAAAACAAAUCGACUCAACCCUUCAGCCAGGAAAUUGGAUUGAAAAUCAACCACAAUAAGAUGGAUAUCAUGACCUUUAAUAUUGCCUCACCAUCACCAAUAUGGAUAGAUGAUUAUGUUCUCACCUAUGUAGAAACAGUCACAUACUUGGGUAGCACCAUCAGCCAGGAAGCCAGGAACAACUUCAGGAGCUUAAACAUACAGUCUGGAAAUCAUCAAAAUACAACACCAAAACCAAAUUCAAGAUUUAUCAGAGCUGAGUAUUUUCAACAUUACUUUAUAGUGCCGAAUGCAGGGGAAUGAGAAAGUCUGACAUGUCCAAACUGUCUGCAUUCCAUACAACCUGCCUCAGAAAAAUCCUCUGUAUCUUUUGGCCCAGAACAAUCUAAACCCAAGAUCUAUUGAUACAGUGCAGCCAAGAGGAUCUGCGCACCAUCAUUGCCAGGAGGCAUUGGAGAUAGAUUGGCCAUGUGAUUCGGAAGGAAACUGAUUCCAUCACCAGAAUAGCAAUAAGAUGGACACCUGAAGGCAAGCGAAAAUGAAGCUGCCCAAAAACAACAUGUUGAAGAGCUGUGGAAGUCAAGCUGAAAAAUCUGGGGCACAGCUCAGGAACCAUUGAAAGACUUGCCAGAAACAGACAGGAGUGGAGGAGCUUCCUUCAGAGCCAUUCCAUGCCUAUGGGUCCCAAUCUGGCUGCCUUGUUGGACAAGAAACACUUCCGUGCUGGGCAAAUGAUGGUAGCCAGUGAGGGAAUGAAUGUAUCAGAUUCCAAGUUCAGACUGCAGAAUACAUGACUGCUGAGUCCUGAGUCUGUGGUUUGGUCUCUUAGUUUUGCUCUAGAAUCUAAUGUAUUUGUACCACUUCUCCGACUCCUGCUACUUUGAAGGAUUAGAAAGUGUGAAAAUAGAGCACAGGUGGUUUUUCUCAUGAUGCAGCCUUCCCAUGUAGUGUGAGACCCCUUCCACCCACACUUCUGGGAGAAGCCCCAGGGAGAAAUGAACUCACAGAAAUGGAAGGCUCCUAGGUUAUUGUAGAAUGUGACUUCACACAAAGCUCACUGGGAGGAAACUGCUCUAUAGGUUUAUAUUUUAUAAUCUUAAAUUUUUACCAGUGAAAAUGGAAUUAAACAUGAAGUUAAUUAGUGUAAAGUAAGAGACUGAUUAUGUGAUAACCUGAAUUCUUUUAUAAACCUCAAAGUUUUCUUCUUCUUUCCCUGCCGCCUCCUACUACAUAGGAAAUGGAGGCUAAUCCUGAAAUUAAAACCUCACUCCAAAGGAAUUAGAGUGGGGGAAUAUGUGAGAGAAAUAGCAUGUAUGAAACUAGAGACCCAGUAUAGACGGUAAUUAUUUCUAUUUCAAAUGGAAUUUAUUUUGAUAAGCUUUAAAAUAAAUCUUCUGUUAAGAGGAAA